AUGGCUCCGAAGCCAGUGUCAUUUCCCGGCUUCACGCCGAUAUCAGAUCGAGUUUAUCUUCGCAAUGCCCUCAAAAAUGCCCCGCCCGCUCCAGCAGACGAGCCCACUACCAUUAUUCUCUUCGGCUGGGGUGACGGCAUGCCUAAACACGUUUGCAAGUACACCGACGGGUUCCAUGAUCUGUACCCCUCUGCCAGAAUCCUGGUCAUCCUAUCGGGCACUUUCCAGGCGUCAAAUCAACCCCUAGAUGCCAGGAUCGAAGCCAUGAUGCCAGUCAUCGACACUGUCUUCCCAACGCCCACAGGCGAUGGGCCCGAGGCAGAGCGCGUCCUUCUGCACGCCAUGUCGAACACAGGUGGUAUCUUCUUAGCUGCUGCUUUCGUUGCAUACCAACAACGACAUGGCACUGACAAGAAACUUCCGCAUCAGCUUCUGGUCUGUGAUUCCACCCCUGGCAGCUUGGACUUUGCUUCUCAGGUUGGACGCUGGUCUCGAGCUAUGGCCGUGGGUAGCGCGAAAUACUUUCCUUGGCCGUUCAUUGUCACCCAGGCCCUUUGGUAUGCUUUCCUGUGGGGUAACUGGGCCUGGGAACGUCUGCGUGGCUCUGAACCAUCCGGUGUCUGGGCUACACGGAUUUGUAUGGAUCAUGACAUUUGCCCGGUCGAGACGACUAGACUUUACCUUUAUUCCAAGGAAGAUGAGAUUAUUGGAUGGAAGGACUUGGAGGAGAAUGUUGCGAACGUUAAGGCCGAUGGAUUUCCGAUUGAACUUGAGAUGUUCGAGGGCUCGCCGCAUGUUGGACAUAUGAGGCUGCACCCGGAGCAAUAUUGGAAUAAGAUUGCUGCUUGCUGGAAAGCGACACAGGAGGGGAAGUAA